UCGGUUUAGAGAUUCGAAAACAUUCAUCUAGAGAAAGGUUGAAACCAACGCUGUCUCUUUUAACGGAAUAUACCCAGAUUUGGGCCUGUAUUCGGAUGAGAAAUGGAUGGAAUGCUGCUCAACUGGGGCCAACCCCCUGUUCCACAAGGGACGCCGUACGUGGAGGUAAUCGAGCAGCCCAAACAGAGAGGCAUGCGAUUCCGUUACAAGUGCGAGGGUCGUUCUGCGGGCAGCAUCCCGGGAGAGAAGAGCAACGACACCACAAAGACACACCCUGCUAUUAAGAUUCACAACUAUAGUGGACCGCUGCGGGUCAGGAUCUCCUUGGUAACCAAAAACCAGCCGUAUAAACCACACCCACAUGAACUGGUGGGAAAAGACUGCAAACAUGGAUACUAUGAAGCAGAUCUACAAGAAAGACGUAUCCACAGUUUUCAGAAUCUGGGUAUCCAGUGUAUGAAGAAGAAGGAUGUGGCUGGAGCCAUUUCCUGUCGGCUACAGACGCAAAACAACCCGUUCAACAUUCCUGAGGCAAAAGUGUGGGAGGAAGAAUAUGACUUGAAUGCCGUACGUCUGUGUUUCCAAGUCUCCAUAACGCUGCCCAGCGGGGAGCUGUGUCCUCUGGAACCGGUUGUUUCUCAGCCCAUCUACGACAACAGGGCGCCUAACACAGCAGAGCUGAAAAUCUGCAGAGUCAACAAAAACUCUGGCAGUUGCAGGGGAGGAGAUGAAAUCUUUCUGCUCUGUGACAAAGUGCAAAAAGAAGACAUUGAGGUGCGUUUUUUCCGUGACUCAUGGGAAGGGAAGGGGAGUUUUUCCCAGGCGGAUGUCCAUCGUCAGGUAGCGAUUGUUUUCCGUACGCCGCCCUACUGUGACACCAACCUGAAGGAGCCAGUCAGGGUCAAGAUGCAGCUGCGCAGACCCUCUGACAGAGAGGUCAGCGAACCCAUGGAUUUCCAGUACCUGCCCUCCGACCCCGAUGAAUACAGGCUGAUUGAGAAGCGGAAACGCACUGAGGGAAUGCUUCAGAAUCUUAAACUGGGCCCCAUGAUGACAGGAGCAAUACCAGCAGAAAGGAGGCCCUUCAAUACGGCGAGGAGAACACUGGCUACAUCCAAACCCUGCGCUGCUAGCACACCUCCAGUGGUGAACCCCAUUGGUGCAUCCGCUGCUGCUUCAGUGAAGCCUCAGUCAUUCUUCGGUCCCGCUCACGGCCUGAUGCUUCCACAGCCAAAAGCAGAAGCUUCCGUCUCCUCGGGCGACACCUGGAAGUUCCUCAGCAGCCUGACUGUGGACUCCCAACCCAAGGCCACGCCAGUGAGCUCCUUCUCGACCCAACCUGCGUCCAGCACCCAAGAGUACUCGACUGUCAACCUCUCUGACCUUCAUGGCUUCUCUUUCACCUAUAACAACCCCCCCGAGCAGGGGAACGCGGCUGGCCGAUGCGACGCGGUUGUCGGUGGCGGAACCGGCCAAACGGUGCCUCAGGACGGCAGCACAAACCUCGGGGUUCAAACCAGCCAGUUCAGGAAUGUGGACCCUUGCAUGGAAGACGAGCUUCUGAAAUUUCCCAGCUUCUCUGAGGACCAGCCGUCGGACGUCGACAACAUCAACAUCGACGACUUCCAAGCGAUGCUGGAUCAAAGCGGACUUGCGGGAGAGGGUCCCGCUCCAACCGUCUCCACAAUGGGAAACAUCGCUCCCAUCUCCGGUUGUCACAUGGUGUCCUCCGCGGCCGUCAACGUCGCCAGCAACGCCAUGGACCAGACGCCUGCCAAUCACACGAAUAACGGGUCGACCUGGAUGUCCUUCCCACCCAGCAUCGUCAAUCUGCUUCAGAAUGAGAGCAUGAUGGACAGCCCGGCGGCCACGCCCAGUCCUUCCGUCGCCCUCGACGACCUGGACAUCUUAAACUCCAUGGACGAAGAGAGGCUCAUGUCUAUCCUCAACACCGGAAAUCAGGUUCCGUUCCUGUCCGGACACCCCACCUAAGGCCAAAGGUGUUCUCUCUUCUUCCCUCACCUCAGGCAGUGCUGACCCAUCCCUCUUUCAUUAACGACUGUGGAACACGGCUUCCCAAAGGGCUUCGGCUGACCUGGAAGUGAUUUCAAAGUGAUAAAUAGAGAGGAUGAGUGAGAUCAGAAGUACUAGGAGUCCUUUUUUUUUUUGGACUCGUGCUUGUCUGGUGGAAAUCAGGAGGGUGGAGAUGAGCUUAAAAAAAGAGCCUAGCGUCUUGGGGACUCGGGGUUGAAGCGUCUGUCGUUCUGUUGAAGGUGAGACCCCUCAGGAGGCUGCGCAGCAUUCUGGAUUUUUCUGUUAAAAGCUCAAGAACUGACCUACUUCAAUAUCAACUCUGAACAGCUAAUCUUCUACUCGAUCGUAUAAAAACUUUCAAUGUAAAUAAUGACCACUCACUUUGCCACUCAUCCACAAAAAAAUGCUGGAAGGUGCCUUGGUGUGUAGAAUCAGGUGUGAGACCUGUUGGUGUAGUGAGACAAAAUAAGCAUUUUAUAUAAGCGUUUUAUAUAAAAUGAAAGUCAUUGAAACAAACAGAGUUUUGCCCAGUUAGUGGGUCACCAACUUACUGACUGUUGUUUAACCAACUUGUGGAGGAUCUGUUCUGGUAAUUACUUUAAAUGUAUUGUUAGUGAACUGAGGUGCACGACGGUCCUGUCGGGAUGUGGAGUUGAAAAUUGCAAAAAAAGCUGUUUGAUUUUUUCAGCAUGUCUCAAAUCAAAUACACUUAAAAUACUCAUCUAGCCACGAAAAAAAAAAAAAACACCCUAUGAUGUUAAAUGCAUGAAAUGAAUUGAGUGCUCAUGUAGGGUCAGUUUUGCCCCUCGUCGUCCUGAUGAAUAUAAUUACAUGAUCCGCUCAGCCUCACUCUUGAGAUGACUGCUAUCUCACUGAGUUGUCAUACUGCACUGAUUCCACUGAUUUCUGUAGCAAAUGUCCAUAGAGUCCUUUAAAAAAAGAGAAGAAAAGAGGUGCUUUAUUUUUUUAUCACCUGGAACAGUCGUCUUUUUUUUUAACAAAGUGUUUCAACUCAUGGAAAAAAAGAAAAAAAAAAAAACACCUUCACUUUGACGGUGCUUUUGUAAUAUCCGUUAGGAUUUGAUCUUCGCAUACCUUGAUAAGAUGCUCGAUAAGAUGAUUUUGAACAUGCCAGAUAUGUUUUGACCCAUUUUUGAUCACAGACUUUCAGAAGAUAAAUGGUAUGGCGUGUUUGCCAGACUUCGUCACUGACACACUUGGGUGACCCUGACUUUGCCUUGUUGCCAUAGACAAGUGAUAGCCUGUGC